AUGGCUACCACUAGCAAACUGCCUUCACCCCCACCCCCAUCUUCUACACUACCUCCGGGUUUCCUCGAGGGCCCAGCACCCAAUCUUACAAAGUCCAAAAUCAACUUCAAAGAAGCCGGAAUACCGGAAUGUGAAAAGUCCUGGGCCGUCGUCCUAGACGGCGUCUUAACCGAAGAAGAAUGCGAAACCUUGAUCAAAGGAGCCGAGGCAACAACCGACGGUAAAUGGGAGCGAGCAAUGGUGAAUGUGGGUGGUGGCAUGCAGGCCAUGUAUGAGGAUACAAGGAAGUGCGGCCGCAUCAUCUGGGACAACAAGGAGCUUAUGGACAAACUCUGGGCGAGAAUAGCACCAUCUGUACCGGAAAUCCACACUUUACAAAACUGGGUAGAAGUCACGGGAAAUGGUCCUGUGCGGCGGGGAGAGACUUGGGUACUGACUAGGCUGAACGAACGGGCAAGGUUUCUCAAGUACGUUGGUGGCGAAUACUUCAAACCUCAUUGUGAUGGCUCAUACGAGACGCCUGAUGGUACUGAGCGCUCAUACUUCACCCUGCAUUUAUACCUCAACGAUGCUGUCGGCAAAGAUGGCGAAGCACAGCUGGAAGGCGGUGCCACAACUUUCUUCAGUGGAAACAUGCGGAAGCGUGUAGACGUUGUACCAAAAGUCGGUCGGGUCCUGUUGUUCCAGCACCGUCUUAUGAUCCAUAGUGGUGACGAUGUGGUGCGUGGGCAAAAAUUCACGCUACGAACAGAUAUUAUGUAUAGAGUGACAGACAGUUCGACAGAGCGAAAAAGAUAG